AUGAAGCAAUAUAUUAAUUAACAUGCCAAUAAGCUAUAAAUUUCAACCUCUGAUUCUGUUCUAAUAAUUUGGAAAGUGAUUAUUAACUUUUGCUCCUUUAUCUUAUAUAUAGAAAUUUCAUUAGAAUUAUUCAAUGUUGAGGAAUUUCAAAAAGAAAACAGAGGAAACUUAUUUUUUGCUUGGAGGAUAUUUAUCUUAGUAUCUAUUCAAUAUAUUUAAGUCCUUAUUAAUUAUAGAUAUGA